AUGUUUGCAUUGCAUCAGGCACGGCAGACGUCGCUACUCGGGAUGGACGCGCUGGGGCAGCAAUCGCCCGACAGAGUGAAUGCUCCUGGAACGCAUUGCGGAUCCAGGGUAUUGUCUCGGGCGAAGCAGCACCGGACUGCAGAGGUGACGUCACGCCAGAGUUCGCGACGCCCCUGCACGUCACUCAUGCUUGUUCUGUUGCGAGGCUCACAGAACCCAAUCUUCGAGUUGAAACUCCUGCCCAUCCUGUUAGCCUACAGGUGCUCGCCAUGCGAUGAUGGCCACGGGAGGGGCUCUGACGUCGCUCGUGUGAUUAUCGAUGGCAUCCUGCAGAAAGAAACCGUUUUGCAAAUCCGCUCAUGGUACGCCCGAGUACCAACCCAUAGCAACUUGGCUGACGCGCCAAGCCGAAGAGGAGAGAUUAAGGAUCUCCUGAGCAAAGCAUGCUCCAGAGUCUUUGUCAACUGGAAUGAUGUGAUGCGGCAGUGUUUUCCAAUGGGGUGA